AUGGCGGCGGAGCUGCUGAGGAUGAAGAGAGCGAAGAUGCGGGGAGGGAGGGCAGGGAGGGAGGGCAGGGAGUGCAAGGAGGAGCACGAAUAUGAAGUUCUCUUGAUGGGAAGAGGCGCAAGAGGAGAAUCUCAAGUAAGAGGAGGCGUACGACCGAGGGGAGGAAAGGCAGGAAGGGGGGAACAGGCAAUGAAGGUAUUCGAAGAGAAGGAGGAGCGACCUCGGCAAGGUCUCAUGCUGCUCGAAGGCUCCGAGCUCGCUGUAAGGAUCUCAGAAUCCUUCCAUGCGAGGAGCGCGCGUUUGGAUCGGGUGAAGCAGCAGAUGCUGAAGGACCUGAUUGCGUUUCCGAACAAUCGAAGGGAUCAGACGAGGCAUGGCGAGCAGCGCGGGGGACCGAGCGUCUUGGGCAGCGUCCAGCCGCAGCAUGCGCUCUCCUGGGAUCUCAGACUUGAAGGGAUACAGACAGGAGGGCCUGAUGAUGUUGUGAGGUCGGAGGUCCUUGGUGGUUUAAGGGAACAUGCGGAUUGUGUGAAGGAGUUUGUGGAACGAAGAGGAGGAGUGGCAAGGCUUUUGUCGGAGAGGCUAGAGGAGGUUGCGGAAGCGAAGAAGAAGCUGCGAUGGCGACUGAGGGAGAUGUCGCUGAUGGAUAUGAGGAGGGAGAUGGAAGGGAGGAUGGAGGUUGUUGGGACAAGCUGCGUUGUUGGUUACUACAAGUUCAAGCGAUUGAUGGAGGUCAUGAUACAAGACGAGAGGAGGAAACUUGUGGAAAACAGUGACAUGAACGUGUCGAGCGAUGUGUACGAGAACGUCUCGUGGAGGAUCUUCAGCUUGCGGCUGAUGAUCGAUCAUCCUGAAUCGCCCAGGCUGGUUCGGGUAGGUAGAUGUCCGCUGCACAAGAACGUCGUGAGGAUGUUAUCAAAACGUCUCCGCAAUAAGAUGUUGGAAGAUGAACAUGUCAAGGUUUGGUUGCUAAUCCGAAGGAACAACGUCAACACCACCCGUUGCCGUGUUUCUUCAGCCAUGGACGAGAGAGUUUUCGAGAACGAAGAUGAAGACGAUGUUGCUGAGAUGCGAAGACUUGCCGAAAAAUUAGAUACCGACAACGCUCGCUGCGGUUUUCUAUACAAUUCAGCUACAGGCUUGGACAGUCUGCUCCAGGAGAUGAUCUUCGGGUCAAGCAAGGAUGAUCUACCAAAGGAGGAGAGGCUGAUGUCGAGGAGGCCUGGGGAGCAGAGCGGGCCGACAUACCUCCGGGACUUGACCCGCCACAUGAAGUUUGCGAUCUGCUGCUCUGCUCCUCAUGUCAAACUGUCUUCCCGCGUGCUCACGUGGCUGCUCCACCGCAAUCAUGCUGUCUUCUCGAUCAGACACGUCGACCCUUUCAUCUACUUCUUCGACGAUGACAGAUGGAAUGUGCAAGCGAGUCGCCCCGAACAAGAUCGCUCUGGUUUUGGUCAGCUUUCCGGGACCAGCCUGCUGGAUCUUGAUUGGACCGCAACGGAUGGGUCAAACAGCAAGCUGAGAGUUGCGACAGUUUCACACCUGAAGGAGCUUGUGAGGUGCUGGCUGAAGGGAUCUGAUGCCUUGCAAGAGCUCCUCGACCCCUCGAUCGUCACGGAGUUCAACAAGGCCGUCGGAGAGGAUGGGGAGGGAGGGGAAGGAGACAGGUUUUACAUCAACGACCUUUACAUCCUGUACACCGCCGGGGAGAAGUCCUGUUUGAAAAAAGUUGAUCUCCUCUGCUUACGAGAGCUCAUCACGACUUAUCUUUUCCGGCACGCUCUGCUCGCCCCCUCGGCCAUCUCCGCAUGCGCGAGGACAAGAGCCCAGUUGUGCCGCAACUCCUUGUACAGGGACGUGCGGAACGAAGGGAGCUCAACGGGUCAAGAGCUCGUAGCCAUCCGCAAGCGAUCGGAUGCGAUCCUUGACUUCUUGAAGUGGAGGAGAUCAAGAUAUUUAUCGUCGUCGUCGUCGUCGUCUUCAUCGUCAGCAGCAGCAGAAGCAGCAGCAUCACCGGACAGAAGUCCGUCAUGUGAAUCAGAGCUGUGCUGGUCUGUAACUUGUCGGGCCAAAGACAUGUACGCUGAGAUCGAGUUCUUGAUGGAUCGCUGUAAGAGCUUGUCCUUCGAGAUGAGAGGUGGAAGAUCGAUGGAGGAGGACGGGAGGGAGGGCGACUACCAGCAUAAUGCGCUUAUGCGCGAGCUCGAUACGAGGAUGCGGAGCAUGGCAGAGGUGCUGAAGACUUUCAUGCUGGAUGGGUUUACAUGA